AAAAAACCAGUAAAUAAAAAUUGAAAUAAAAUAAAAAUCCAUCCCUCACCAUUGACCAGUCAAUCCAAAAAACCAGACCCACAAAAAGAAACCCGACUGCACCCCACAGCAGUAGAAGAACGCCCUAAGGCAGUCCUCAGCUCACGCUUCAUUUUCUUCUUCUUCUCUCUCUUUUUCCUCACUCAAUUCUCUGUACAAUUGGAUUUCUGCUCAAACUUUGAUUUCUUCCUGGUUUCGUGAUUCUGUAUGUAUGGGUGGCAAUGGCAAGUCCCGGUGGAAAUUCCUCUUCCCCCACCGUCGUAACUCUAGGCUUGAAUCCAGCGAGCCUCCUAAAGAGUUCAUUUGUCCAGUUUCUGGUUCGUUAAUGGCGGACCCUGUUGUCGUCUCUUCUGGACAGACGUUUGAGCGCGUUUCUGCGCAGGUUUGUAGAAAUUUAGGGUUCUCCCCUGUGUUAGAGGAUGGUUCGAAGCCAGAUUUCACUACUGUUAUUCCGAAUUUAGCUAUGAAGAAGACGAUUCUCCAUUGGUGUGAGAAGUCUGGUGCUCGGAAUCUUCAGCCGCCUGAUUACACCUCCGUUGAGAGCGUUGUUGCUGCAUUGAUGGAGAAGGAGAAGCCUCAAGCCGGAAUUAGGGAUUCCUCGGAUAGGGAUUUGUUAGAGGGGGUAUCGGAUUUGCCGCCGGUGAAUGUUUCGCACGCUGCGACGGAAUAUGGCCACCGUCCAGAACAUUUCUACACUAGCUCGUCGGAGGAAUCGGUCGUCGUCGGAGGAAGUCCCGGAACUCCUCUGCCGUUCACGACUCGACCUGCGUGUUACUAUUCAUUUUCGUCUUCUUCCUCUGAAACUGUGGAAAACGAAGCGCUCAUCCAAACCCUACCCCCUAAUUCAUCGAUUUCUGAAGAAGAGAAGAAUUUUUUAUGGAAGCUUGAGAGUCCCGAUGUGUUUCAACAAGAAGAAGGCGUUAUUUCGCUAAGAAAAAUCACGAAAACCGAUGAAAGUAUUAGGGUUUCGCUUUGUACGCCUCGGAUUCUUUUCUCUCUCCACCGAUUGAUAACGUCGAGGUACCCCAAGGUACAAAUCAACGCGGUCGCCUCUCUGGUAAAUCUCUCCCUCGAAAAGCCGAACAAACUGAAGAUCGCGCGGUCUGGAUUGGUUCCACACUUAAUCGAUGUGCUCAAAGGAGGACAUACCGAAGCGCAAGAACACGCCGCCGGAGCGCUCUUCAGCCUAGCGUUAGAAGAUGAAAAUCGGAUGGCGAUCGGAGUUCUCGGCGCGCUUCCGCCACUCCUCUACGCACUCCGAUCGGAAAGCGAGCGAACUCGAGACGAUUCCGCUUUGUGUCUCUACAACCUAACAAUGAUUCAGAGCAACCGAGUGAAGCUUGUGAAACUCGGCGCCGUAACCACUCUACUUUCCAUGGUGAAAUCAAGAAACUCGACGAACCGGCUGCUAUUGAUCCUCUGUAACAUCGCCGUGUGCCAGGAGGGAAGGUCGGCAAUGCUGGACGCCGACGCCGUCGGGCUCUUGGUCGGAAUGCUGAGGGAGAAAGAGCUGAACUCCGAAUCAACCCGCGAGAAUUGCGUUGCGGCAUUGUACGCUCUGAGCUACGGAAGCAUGAGAUUCAAGGGAUUGGCGAAGGAAGCCGGAGCAAUGGAGGUUUUGAGGGAGAUUGUUGAGAGAGGAAGCGAGAGAGCGAGAGAGAAGGCGAAGAAGAUAUUGGAGAGGAUGAGAACGAGAGGGAGAUUCGAUGAAGACGACGAUGAAGAAGACGAUCGUGGAGGCGAGUCGAGUUUUGAGAGAGGUGGACUCAGUUCGACUCUGUACCGACUCGGUGGUGGAAGAUUUCCCAGCUCGGCUAACACGGUGCCGUUUUGACAACAAUUUCUUCUUCUUCGAGAUGUGUUCUUUUGGGUUUCGAUUAUUGGGUUUGUUCCUUGUUUGUAAACUAUGUAAUUAAUGGUUUUUUCCCUCUAAAAACCCUAAAAAUGUAAUUGGCAGAAUUUGUAUUCUAUUUAUUUUUCUUGACAUUUAAGAUAGGAGGAUUCGAACGAACAA